AUGAUCGGAUCGGGGACUUGUGUUUUGGUUGUGGUUUUUGCGUCACUGGCCCAAGCUGAGAAUGGAUAUGGGUACCAGGCACCCGUGCUAUCUUUGCAGCAGCAAUUACCACUGAUGGGACAAAGCAACUUUAAUGCACAGCAGUCAGUCUCACAUUCGGCGAUUCAGAACAACUUUAUCAGUACAUCUAACGGGCAGCAUCUGCUGAACAACCAUCAUAACUAUUACCACAACGGGUUUGGAAAUAAUGUCCAUGGGUCAGUCCCUAAUAUUCAGCCUCAAAGUCCCGUGAACAUUCCGCCACCGCCAGUGCAGCCGAUUGUCACGAAACAUAUCUAUUUCCACGUCCCACCGCCUGACAUCGAAGACCGACCUGUUCAGCGACCAGUGACAGCCAACAGGAAGAAAUCUUACAAUAUUGUAUUUAUCAAAGUGCCUUCUCAAGAAGUUCCACGCAAUCCGUAUGCAGCAGUAGAAGACAAAACUCUUAUUUACGUGUUAGUGAAGAAACCUGCAGAUGAAUCGCAGGUUUUAAGGAAACCAUCGCCACCAAACCAUGAAGUGUUUUAUGUGAAGUAUAAAGGAAAUACAAACAACGUAGUGUCACAAAUAAACAGUGGUGGUGUACCACAACAAAAUUUCGUGCCAAUUUUAAGACCGGGACUUAUAAAUGGCCAAUAAAAUGUGAAAUAGUCGUGAUAAGAUGAUAAAUUAAUCUGGCUUAUCUAUUUACCAAAAAAGUGAAGAUUAUUAUCAUUCAUUUAAGUAAUAAGUACAAUAAUAACAACAACGAAAAUCAAUUAUGGGAUUUCGUUGUUGCUUAAUCUAUUUAAUUAA